AGUAAGUUCAAAGAUAGCCUCAGGUGCACACUCACACACAUAGAGAGACUCACACACACCUGCGAGUCGGUGCCUCCCAGAUAGUCGCAUGUUCGUGGUCCACCUGUCGGGUGUAAACAAAGUAGUCCGUGGUGUAGUGUGAUCGUCACAUGUUUUCGCGAUGGGUGAUGGUGCUGUGGUGGGAUUAAGGGAUACGGAUUAGGGAUUACUGGGACCAAACCGCAAUGAAGAACGGCCGUUGAGAACCUCCGGGAAAAACGUUCGAAAUGGCACGCAGUUUGUGGUUGGUGUUGGUGGUCAGUGCCGGAUUGGCCGACGCUCAAGAGGCCCUCUGUUACGGAUCUGGAUCAAUAGCGCUUUCGGUGAUUUUGUCGAUCGUCUUCACGGCCGUUCUGCUGGCAGCACUAUAUUAUCUCUGGGGGAAGUACCGGAAACGGAAGGAACUCAUCCUCGAAACCGACCCCGAGAAAGGCAAAGGCGGCGACUACGCAUUCGACAAUCCGGCGUUCAAAGAUCCUGGACUAACUCCAAUUGGGAAAUUGGAAAAGGAAAAAAACGACGCGAAGACGAAAUGGACGCAGUGGUCGCCCUUAACAGCCCUCACCACCAAAUCGGAGAAAAAGAAGACUUUGGAUGAUAGUGCCAUUGAUGGAAAUUCAGUCAAAGUGGUGGCUUUACGCAGUCAUGAUUUUACCGGUCUUGGUUUCAACAUUUGUGGCAACAUGAAAGAAGGGAUUUAUAUCAAAGAUGUCCUACAUCGAGGACCCGCCUCCGAGUCGGGGAAACUAAACCCCGGGGAUAGAAUCAACAGUGUCACAAUUAGUUUCGAACACAUGGUAUACGAAGAUGCUUUAACAAUUCUAAGUUACGCUAGUCCAUAUGAAGUUAUUAUUGAAGCACGAGGUGGAAAAACGUUUCAAACAAGUGGUCAAGGGGCCCAACCCACUCACCCCGUAUACAGAAGCUCCUCUUGUACAGACCUCUUCCAAAAUCAUUUCCAGGUUGGCAAUACUGCCAAACGCAAAUUAUUUGGUACCGAAGACCAUUCCGGUUCCCUCAGUUCAAACUACUCCAGUUUGCAGAAAUCUAGAAGUAAUAUGACGACCCUUGAACGAAAAGAAUCAGAAUCACCCAAAAAUCGCCCCAGGAAAAAGACACAAAUGUCCCCAGAACAGUUAAAAACCCAACUUGAACAAAGAAUAAGCUCAGACCACCAACAAAAUUCAAAGAAGCCGCCAAAGGUCGAAAUGGAGGUUCAAAAAACCGAAAACAAGUUGCAUAAAUUCGGGGUUAGGGUGCUUCCGGCUGAGAAGAGCCCAAAAUCGGCUGAAUUGUCCCAAAAUGAGAACAACCUCAACUUGGAGAAACUCCCUUUAGGGCUUGACGAAGUCGACAAGAAACCACAAGUCAAAAAACGGGAACGCAAAGUAACUCCCGAGAAGUUGGAAGUUUUUGAUCGUGACCAUGCGAAUAACAGUUCCGGGAUCAAACGGGAUGUAAACGGAAUCCCUCAGGAAAUCCCCAACUACAUGAUGAAUGCCGCUGUCGCGGCUCGGAGCAACCGGAAAAGUUCGGUCAAAGACGAGGAGUUGGAUAAAACUCCCAAGAAAACAAAAGGGAAAGCUCCGGCACCUCCGGAGGAGAAACUCUUCAAAAGUAAUUUCGAUGAAAUACAACCAGUUGAUGAUUUUGAGGAGGUUAUCCCCAAGUCGAGUCAAGACGAUUUAGUUGAGGAAAUUGAGGUUGAAUUGAGGAACAAAACCACAGUCAAGGAUUACAACUCUGACUCGGAUCUUGAAACUGACAAUCACUCAUCUGUCAAUACUAUUGAACUAAAUUCGAGUGACAUCACCAUCCAUCAUGCUGAAGAUACUGAAGGUUGUCAAAAUCGAAGAACUGCAAGUACCGGAGACUUGACUAAGAUUCAAAGGACGCGAAAAUCAAGCACUGGUACUUUAGAACGUGCCCAAAGUCUUGAUAUCACCGAUACAAGCAUACCAACCUUGAAACGUAAAGGGCGAAUUGAAGAUGACUUUAUGGCUUCCGAGGAGGACAUCUUCGGAAAAGUGGUGAUGAGUAAAGAACCACGCUUAUCGUUGAUGCUUGACGGCUUAAACACCUUCCAAAGAAACCGGUUGAAGAAAUCCACCGAGUGGGGAAACCUCGAAGACGCCAUCUUGAAACUCAACCAAGAGGACGAAAGUGACUCAAAGAAUGACUUGGACCUCAGCGGAAAAACCGAAGAAAUCGACGCUGUCGUCAACAGAAUCAACGAAAUCAAGAGAGAGUCAUUGGAGAUUCAGCCCCCCAUCAAGGAGGAAACCCCUCCCAAGCCCGAGAAGAAGAUCAAGAACCAAAUCUGGCCAUUUGAGACGAAAUCAAACGGAAGUGCCAUAAUUGAUGAUAACCCACGACUCGCCUCUGUGGAGAAGAGGCAACGCAAACCCCCGAUUUUAGACCCAGUGUUACCAGAAGCGAAAAUCACUAAACCGGCUGUUCCCGAGAAGAAGGAUUUUCUGUUGUCGAAAAAAAUUCCUUCAUAUGUACCUGAACCAGAGGAGGAACCAGUGACAAGUGACGAGACUAAGAAAGAAAUGUUGAAUGCGAUUGACUUGACGAGGAAUUUUAUUUUCACAGAGAAGAUAGCGUGUAGUCAAGAUGAUGACGAUACAAAUGUUUCCGACGAUAUUAAAGUCUCGAGACACUCUUUGGGGAGCUUGGAGCGUCCAAAAUCCGACGAUGCGAAGAUAAAUGUCAGUAAUGUGACCGUUAAUAAUCUUCGGUCACAAAAUGAAGAAAAUCUUCACAGUUUGGAGAUUGACACGACUGAGCCUGAGUUGUACACAACUGCUCUUGAUAGUACUAUCAAGCCGGAGCCUGAAACUCCAAGAGUCACUAUCAGUACCCCUGAUAUCAUCAAAAACGUCACAAUUGCUGAAGCCAUAAAUAAACUAAACAAUGAUGUGAUGGUUCAGGGACCUUCCUCACUGACCUUGGAAAUUCCCAAUGAACCGGAAGUUAAAGACAAUCGAUUUAUGGUCGACGUGAAGAAAGAAGAUUCAAAUGACGAUGAUAGUAGCAAAAGUACAUCCCUGACUUACAUAACCGAAAUCCAGGUUUUGACCCCCACCAAUUCCACCACCACCAACAUCUCCGAAAUCGAAAUAAUCCCCAACGUUAACACCAACGGUAAAAGCCUCGACUUGGAGCACGAAUUCGAAGACUACGUCCGAAAUUUCGAAUCAAACGUCAAAACUUUCGAAUCCAACAUUCAAAAAUUCGAAAAUCACCAUUCGAAACCCAUCAUAAUAACAGAAAACGACGCCGAGAAGGAACUCCACAAGAUCCAAGAAAUCGCCGAGGAACAACUGAAGAAACUCCCCGAGAUGCGAUUUACGACUUCGAGUUACGAAUCGAAACUCCCGGAGAAGCGCCAGUCGCAAAUCGAACUCCUGCGUUCGAACUUCGAGAAGAGCCCGCCCAGAGUCAAGCCCGACACGCCCAAAUCGCGGAUCCCCAUCGCGACCACGGCCAAGACUCCGCCCACGUCGCCGGAGCGUCGGGAUUCGCGGAAUCUCGACAUGGAGAACGACAAGGACAUCCUCGAGUUGAUGUCGUCGACUGUUCACUCCACCCCCAAGAUGAAACCGCCCAAGAAUGUGACUGUUACGUCGAUUCGGAGCAACUCGAAGAUUCCGUCGGGACUGCCGGUUUUGGGCGGGCGGCCGACGGUGCCGCCCCGUAAGCAGGAGGAGGAGCAUGUGGUGCAAGUCUCGACCAAUGGCGGGGUCGAGAGUAGUUUUAAACAGUGGGUGUUUAAUCCCACCGAUUCGGUGACGAAUAUCGUCGUGGCGGAGAGUAAACAGCAGAAGUGAUGAUACGUGCAAUGGAAAAUGGCGGCUCAAUUUAGUGUAGUGGAAUUAUUUAUAUUGAAAAAUGCAUAGAUGUAUAUAUUUGUAAAAGUAAUGUUUUAUGUGCUAUUAUUUUAAGCUGAUGAUUUUUUUUGUUGGUUUAUUUUGUAAUUCUAAUCGAGGGUGACUAUACAUUAAUAACAAAAAGUACAUGUUUUCUAACCAGAGAUAUACAAUAAAUUAAUUUAAACUCA